AUGCACAGUGGGGAGCCCCUACGAAAUGAUGCAUCUAUUAGGGACUUCAACAGUGGCAUUGGGUGCCACAUAGCCUCAAUUAUAGAGGAGGCUUUGUUGCUCCCAAAGGAUAUGGUUAUCCAAAACACUUUUAGACUGGAUGAGAUGUUCAAUAACUGCUACAAUCAGUUAGAAGAGGAAAGGAAGAAAUGGUCGUCGGUCGUACAAACUUUAACAAUUUCCGAGCAAGACUUGGCAGAAACAAAGAAAAAAUUAGUUACUGAGGAGCAAGCUCGCAAAAGCGCUGACUCGGCCUUGGAAGGCUUUCAAAAGCAAGCCGAGGACCAGAGAAAGCACUUGCACGAAGCUAAUGAAGAAUUGAAGGCUGCCCGAGAGCAAGUGGCAGUCCUUAAAAAGCACUUGGAGGAAACCCAAAAAUUGAGGGAGCAAGCUGAAAGAUCCAGGGAGGAGGCCGAGAGGGCAAAGGUUGAGAUCGAACAGGCAAUGAACGAGGCUGAACAAAAAGGUUACGACCUCGGGAUGGCUAAGACAGAGGAAACCCUAAGGGCAGAGGUGUCAAUGGUGUGCCGCAUUUACUGCGCCAAAACUUGGAAUGAAGCCCUUAAUCGAGCUGGGGUUGAGGCUUCAUCUGAAUUAAGGAAGGCAGAGAAUGUGUUCUAUCCUACAGCAAUCCGUGCCUUGGAUCCUUCAUCCGCUCAAGUCGAAGACACUCCUUCAACCACUAAUCCUAAUCAGGAGGUUUUGCCUCAAAAUCUUCCCCUCGUAGGCCAACCAGAACCAGCUAAAGAGACCAAUGCUCCUCAAGAAGUCUCCUUGGACAAGACUGCAGCAGCUUCUGAGGCAGGGGUAGCCUCUCAAGGUUUUCAACAGGAUUUGGAUUCCACAGUCAUGCUAGCUGAGGGAGCUACUAAGGAUAAAGAGGGAGUCACUACCUCGGAGGAAAAUAAAUCAUCCAACCAAGCUCCCAAGCUCCAAAUUAAGUUAAAAAAAUAG